GGGGCGGGAGUCCCUUCCGUCUCCCACAUACUGUGAUUCAGAGAUCAGCGUUGGCUCUGGUGGUCAGAGGAGGCUCCAUCUUGAAGGUUGAGGAGGGGGAGAAGGCCUCGUUCAAUGAGCACAAGUACAGAGGUGGUAAAAUUGAUACUCUAGGUGCAGAGGAAGGGCUCGGGAGGUCGCUGUCAUCGGGAACUGCAUCCUGCACUGCCUUCCUCCCAGGUCGGUCCAGCCCGAGGAGGCCAGAUGUCCCAGAACGAGGAGUCGGGGUCACCCGCAGAGAAUCGAAACCCUGGGGCACUUUCCGUGACAACGGAGUCCGCCCCCUCCGUGCACAACCUGGCAGAGGACCCUCUUCCGCCUUCGUCCCCUUCUCCUCCUGUCCUAGUGCCGGAGGCUACGACUUCCACGUGGUCCUUCCCCACUGACCCGGUGCCUCCCAGCCAGCCCGAAGCUAGCACCAGCGGCGGUACCGAAGCCAGCUCAAGCGCCAGCUCCAGCGCCAUGGAGGCCAUAGAGGAGGAGUUUUGUUUCCUGCUGUGUCACAACUGUAAAUCAGAAUCUAAAUGUCCUAAGCUCCUAUCCUGCUUACACACCAUCUGCUCUAAGUGUUUGGAGACCCAAGAGUCAGCCGGGAAAUGCCCUGUCUGCCUGGACUCCCAUAGCCGAGAGACCGACCAACGUUCCAUGGACAACCUCUUCUUCGAGAGCCUGCAGCGUCGAAUUUCUGUCUACCAAAACAUCGUCCAGGGUGGGGAAGAAGCCUCUUGUAACCGAUGCAGGGAGCCUGCCGAUUUCUGGUGUUUCGAGUGUGAGCAGCUCAUUUGUACCAGGUGUUUUGAGGCUCACCAGUGGUUUGUGAAGCACGAGGCAAGGGCCGUAGAAGAUCUGAGAAAAGAAUCUGCCAAGGAGUUCCUGGAUGGCACCCGCAAAUCCAACAACCUCUUCUGCCCCAACCCUACUCAUCGGACUCCAUCCCUUACCAGCAUCUACUGCCGAGGGUGUGCCAAACCCAUCUGCUGCACCUGUGCUCUCUUGGACAGCAACCACAAGGACCAGUACUGUGCCAUCAGCACCGAGAUCCAAGAGCGGCAAGAAGAGUUGGCCAAGGUCACUGGAGACCUGAAGACACAAGAGCAGAUCUUCAACGAAGCCCACGGUAAGAUCCAGGCAGCCGUCAGCCACCUGGAACAGGUGAAGAAGGAGACGGAGGAUCUGAUCCGUUCCCAGGUCCAAGUCAUGGUGGAGCAGAUCCAGGCCAAGGAGAAGGAACUCCUGGAGAGCGUGGAGGUUCAGUACCAGCAGAACUACGAGCAGAUGGGCGGGGAGCUUCAGCACCUGAACAGCACCCUUCAGCGCAUCCAGAAUGGAGAGCUCUUGGUGGAAAAGCUGCAGCUCUACGCCUCGGAUCAGGAGGUUUUGGAGAUGCACACCUUCAUCCGGGAAGCUCUGGAGCACCUCAGCAAGGAGAAGCCUCUCAACAUGCAGGCUGUGGUCAAGAUUGAGGAGUUCGAAGAAUGCAAGGCCAAACUCCAGGCUCUGUUUGCACGAGUCACCAAGGAGAAAGCUUCUGAAGCAGCUAACCUUGAGAAAGAGGAGAAGAAGGAAGAACCCAUGGAGCCCACCACCAUCACCGCAGACAGUGAUUCGCAAAAUGAGAAGUUGCAGAAAGAGGGACAUGCCGCAGACAAUAAGACCGAAGCAGUAAAUCCUCCUGCACAUCCUGCUCAGGAGCAACGUCCUAAUAUCCAACCAAGGAAGAGAAAGUCUGCCCAGGCCAACAAAAUAGCCUCAAGGAAGAUGAUAAAGAAAGAAUAUGGGGAAAAUGGAAGACAGAAGAUGAAUAAAGUCUUCAAGCAACCCAGGGCCGGCACCUCAGGAGCGAACCAACCUGCCAAGAUGGAUGCCUCUCCCAACCCAGUGAACCCAGCCCUGGGGCCCGAGACGCGCCCCAUCCCAGAGCCCAGUGGUGAUAUCCACAUGGACGAACCAGAUGAUCCAGUUGUGGUAAUCAGCAGCUCUGACGAGUCCGAAGAGAGUGAGUCCUCUAGUGAUGUAGGGGACAGCAGUGACUCAGAAGAUCUUACAGAGUUUCCAGGCAUCACGAGGCCUCCCCCCAGCCAUCCCGGCGAAAACUUCAGAGAACAUAAUCAAGAAGAAAGAGCUUUGGUGUUCUUUGACCUCAAGGUUGACAGCAAAACUAAGAAGAUCAGCCAGCUGGCGGCUGUAAAUGGCGAGAACAAUUUCCGCAUCAUCAUCCAGCAAGAGGAGGCCCUUUUCAGCCUCUUUUCCCGGGGUGUCGCCAUGGAAGACGGCCUGCAGAAUUUCCUCUGCUACCUCCGCGCUUCCUCCCACCCCGUCCUGGUUGGCUACAAGCUCUGGUCCCCCAAUAUUGCUGUCUUCUUUAAGGCUCUCGAGACUUCCUCCAAAAAGGGGGAGUUCCAUGAGACCAUCUCGGGCUUCGUGGACAUCCUGCCCUUGAUCCGUGACAGAGUGCCGAGAGCCAGCAGCUACAAGCUGAAGGAUCUGGUCAAUACCUACCUAGCAAGAAACAUGAACGACAACAGCUCCCUGGCCUCGGUCCGGGCCAUGCGGGACCUCUGCAAGAUCCUGCAUAUCUACCCGGGCCAGAGCAUCAACCGCAAAGUGCUCCCCUUCUCUAACCUGGAUUGCUUUGCUUCCCUGCAGCCCCUGGUGCGUGUGAGCGUCCUGACCCUGGCCCAGGCCAGGAUCCUCGCCCUGCGCAAUGUCAGCCUCACAGAGCUGCAGGCGGCCUUCCAUGACAAUCCUGAGCGGGGACUCAAGAAAUACAGCCACUACUUGGCCUCUCAAAGCUCUCCAUCUCCCCCUUCCCUGCUGGGGCUUAGGAACUACCUCGAGAGCCUGCUGGCUAAUCCCAAGCCAGAGAGAAAGCAGGCUUCGGGUCCCCGCCGGGCUUCUGUGGGAAAAGCCUUUCCCCAGACCAAGAAUGCAGAGUGAGCUCUGCUGUGGGCCUGGGGGAUGGGAGGGAGAUGGAUCUGGGGGGCCAUGAGGCUCCUCCGGGCUCCAUGGGCCACAUUUCUGUCUCACUCUACUGUCCGAUGUUCUAGUCCCCAGAUCCCUUUCUAACUGGGCUUUCCUAUAUCUGCUUGGUCUAAAGGCUUCUGUGCAAUUUAAUUUGGAUGUUGUUCCCAUUCCUAACCCCUAGUCAAGGAGGGUUCUUUGGCAGACAGGGCAGAGACACCUGAAAGGUGUCUCUUUAUAGGACCAGACUAGAAAGGACCUCUGGGAAUGAGUGUGUGUGUGUGUGUGUGUGUGUGUGUGUGUGUGUGUGAGAGAGAGAGAGAGAGAGAGAGAGAGAGAGAGAGAGAGAGAGAGAGAGAGAGAGAGAGAGAGAGAGAGAGAGGAGGUGGAGGAAGGGUAACUUCACCUUCUCAGCCCCAGCUCACCCCCUCCUCAGGUCCCAGCAUAAUAAAAUAAACCAGGAGACCAUCUUGCCAUAUAGGCCCAGGUCCACGCUCCAGAUUAUCUAUCAGAAAGGCCAAGAGUAUCUAUCAGAAGGACAGGUCAGCAGUCUCCCUUGGAAAGUCCUCCCUCCCUCCGCACUAGCUCAGAUUUCAUCUAACAGGCCUCCUCAGCUCCUUAGGGCACAUAGACCCUUGCUUAGCUCUCUCUGGUGGCGCUUCCUGUCCCUCUCCACUGCAGAUGCUGUUCACUCCGCUGAGCUCUGGACAACUGCCUGAGACAUUCCAUACCCGAAUGCCACCUGCCUGGGUGUAACUCCAAGUGCCUUUCAUACUGGAAUUGCUGCCUGUGCAUGGUUGUGGCUCCCCUCCCCACCCCGAAGUCCCCCAGGCUCAGCUGCUUCUGCUCUUCAUUUACUUAGGUGCCUGGCUCUUCUUUUUCUCUUUCUCUUCCAUAUUUACAUAGGAAUUAACUCGAUUAAGUCACAGACAAGUUACUGAGUGAUUGAUGUCCUCCUGCUCUUCACUCAUGACUCUCUGCCCUGUCUUUGUAAUAUUCCCCCAGCUUCCUCCUCAGAAUUCCCAUUUCCCUUGCCCCCAAUUCCUCCCACACUCAUCUAGCUGCCGUGGGAGGCAGUGUGGUAUGUUGGAAAUCCAUGGGUCCAAGAAUCCUGUUAUUGGGUACUUAUGCCUACUCUAGCGCUACUUCCUGAGUGACUUUAGGCAGAUCACCUCUACUUUAGGGGCCAAAAUUCUUUCAGCUCUCAAAUGAGGGGAUUGAACUAGAGCCCUCUGAGGUCUCCUCCCCUCCCUAAUGUUGGGUGGUUUUAUAGUUCUGUUUAGCUCUUCAGAUACCUCUGGCUCUCUUCAGUCACCAUUCUGUUGAAGGGAUCCCUGCCCCCAAAAUGGAUCCUUUGUUUUGGGGCUUCCCAGUUGCAGAAAUAUAGAAGGUCCUGACCAUUAUCCAUCUCUUUGGCAGCAGGGUGAAGGUCAGAGGCCAUCCAGCUACUGGCCCACACUUACUGUCCCAGUUCCCUUUGGCUUUCUUGUCCCAGUGACAGGUGAUUUUAGCAUGCAGAAUAAAAGACACAGACAUGAGGACGCCCCACCCACACACAGCAGGGAAACAAGCUUUGAUUGAAGUAGCAUAUGUUCCCACCUUGGUCUUCAGUUAAGUGACUUCACAUGGGUUAGAGAUACAAGAAAUUCAGUUCCAUGUCUGAUCAUGGACAUCUUAAAAUGGGAGGUGAGGUCCAAGGGGCUUCCCUCUUAAUUUCCAAUUGUCACUACACCAGUGGAUCUCAGUUUUAGAAAAUCAGGUGGACAUCUGGAUUGAUGUCCAAGAAAAAUAGACAUGGCGGUAACUCACUGGACAAAAAGAUACUUCCUUUUGCAGAAGGAUUUGCUAUGGUAUUCUUAUAUAGGGGAGUGGACAUUGCAGGGCCUCCAUCUAGAAUUAAUUUGCUGUGUCCUACUGGGCAAGUCAGCUCACCUUUUUGGGCCUCAGUUUUUCUAUGAGUAAAUGGGCAUAAAAGUAAUGCCCUACCAUCUCUGACUUAAUGUAGCAGCUGUGAGAAUCUGAGGAGAGAUGAGCUAAGAGCCUGCCCUGGGAUGCCAGGGAUAGUUUUAAUUGUGAGCUCCUUGGCACAUUUAAAAUAGGUUCCAAAUUAUUCAGAGAGGUUUCAGCUUUGACCAAUUGACAAGCACCUUUGAACAAAGAUAGCUGUUUUGUAAGGUAGAGGGCACUUGCCUCACAAACAGAAGCUAUUUAUCAACAAUUUGGGGCUUGACUCAUAGUUCCUAUAUAGCAUUCUCUGUAGGAAAGACAAAGAGCCCUCUUUCCCUCUCAGUGACCUAAUUCAGUGUGGACUUCAACAUUUAGUAAUUCCAUUGUCACCUUGGGACUUUGUGUUUUCAGAUCUGCAAAUACUAUGUGACAAUAUUUCUGCCAAAAGAGUGGUUUGCUGUUUUCUCUCUGCCUUCACAUCUUAAGAUAAAUCCAUGCAUCCUAAAAGCUGAGCUCAUGGACCAUUGACUUUGCUCAGUUAAUGAUAAGUGAGAGAUGUCCCCUCUCUAAUACAUCCUCAUCUCUUCCCAUGCUAUAGACUAGCUCCUCCUCCUGAUAAGUGGGAUCACCACUGCCCUGGUCCUCAGAGUGACCACAAAGUGCGAAGGCUUGUCUUGGAAGAUCCAAGUCAUCUACCCAAGCCAAGAAUAGACUUUAACUGUUAAGAAGUAGUCAGUGAAUUCUCCUUUGGAAUGAUGGAUGGUCUAUGUUUUCUUUCUGCACUGAUGCUUAGCAGCGGCUGGUGCCUGUAUUGUUCUUGUAUCCUAUUGUUCAUUAUAGUAAGAUUUGUUCAUUUGUGCAUGUACUCAUCUGGCUGUCCAGAUCCAAGAGGAGGAGUCUGUCCCUCCUCAUUGGCCUACAGAUCAUUUCAUGUUAAUAUGGGGUAGGCCUGGGGGAAUAUGCAGCCUAAGGUGAGGGUGGGGGGGCGGGGGGGGCCUUUGGGAACUGACCAAUUGCCACUGUCAGUGAUCUGUACUGGUGGAUGCUUCUUCCUCUAGUGAAGUUCUAAUUAGUAGUGGAAUUAGGUCAUUCAACGCCAGCUUUUAUCCUGUUCAGUGUGAUGUCCUCCCAGUCAGCUAAGCCUGAUAUAUAUCCCAAAGUUGGGAAUCUUAGGGCCCCAGGGCUCCAAUAUAUGUGUAUCUUUGUUCUAUUAUCACCAUUAAAUGAUUUAACCCUU